AUUUAAACCACCGGGUCGGCUCCAUCUAAAAUCUGAAGAUCAUCUCCGCCUUAUCUUGUUGACUAUCUCUGUACUACUUACGAGCGCAAGUGAGAGAGUAACAGAGAAACGUAGAGAUAUAGCAAAAUGGCUGCGACGCUUACUGGAUCAGGGAUUGCUCUAGGGUUUUCGUGCUCCGCAAAGUUCUCUAAGAGAGCUUCUUCGUCGUCCAACCGUCGCUGCAUCAAGAUGUCGGUUUCGGUAGAGGAGAAGACGAAGAAAUUCACUCUUCAGAAAUCUGAGGAAGCUUUCAAUGCUGCGAAGAACUUAAUGCCUGGAGGUGUGAACUCACCUGUACGUGCUUUCAAAUCUGUUGGUGGACAACCAGUGGUGAUGGAUUCUGCAAAGGGCUCACGAAUAAGAGACAUUGAUGGAAAUGAAUACAUUGACUAUGUUGGAUCUUGGGGACCUGCUAUAAUUGGUCAUGCUGAUGAUGAGGUUCUUGCUGCUUUGGCUGAGACAAUGAAGAAAGGAACAAGCUUUGGUGCUCCUUGUCUCUUAGAGAAUGUUCUUGCUGAGAUGGUGAUUUCAGCUGUUCCAAGUAUUGAAAUGGUUCGGUUUGUUAACUCCGGUACAGAGGCAUGUAUGGGUGUGCUACGUCUUGCUCGUGCCUUCACAGGGAAACAAAAGUUCAUCAAGUUUGAAGGUUGUUAUCAUGGUCAUGCAAACUCUUUCCUUGUCAAAGCAGGUAGUGGUGUAGCUACUUUGGGUCUACCUGACUCGCCUGGGGUCCCCAAAGCAGCUACUUCAGAUACUUUAACAGCUCCAUACAAUGAUAUUGCUGCUGUUGAGAAGCUUUUUGAGGCAAACAAAGGAGAGAUUGCUGCCAUCAUUCUUGAACCUGUUGUUGGUAACUCGGGUUUUAUUACACCUAAACCAGAGUUCAUUGAGGGAAUACGCCGGAUCACUAAAGACAAUGGUGCUCUUCUUAUUUUCGAUGAAGUCAUGACUGGUUUUCGUUUAGCCUAUGGUGGAGCUCAAGAAUACUUUGGAAUCACACCUGACUUAACAACUCUUGGGAAAAUCAUCGGUGGUGGUCUUCCUGUGGGAGCAUACGGUGGAAGAAGAGACAUCAUGGAAAUGGUUGCACCCGCAGGACCGAUGUAUCAAGCUGGUACGCUAAGUGGUAAUCCGUUGGCUAUGACAGCGGGUAUACACACGCUGAAGCGGUUAAGUCAGCCAGGGACAUAUGAAUACUUAGACAAGAUCACAAAAGAGCUUACAAAUGGGAUACUAGAAGCCGGGAAGAAAACCGGGCAUGCGAUGUGUGGCGGUUACAUAAGCGGGAUGUUCGGUUUCUUCUUCACGGAAGGACCCGUCUAUGAUUUCUCGGAUGCAAAGAAGAGUGAUACAGAGAAGUUUGGAAAGUUUUUCAGAGGAAUGUUGGAAGAAGGUGUCUACUUGGCACCUUCUCAAUUCGAGGCCGGUUUUACUAGCUUGGCUCACACUUCAGAAGACAUCCAAUUCACUAUCGCAGCGGCCGAGAAGGUUCUAAGUCGGCUCUAAAAUGUCUCUGGAAGCUUCCAGGGAACCAUGAAUGUAUUUGAAAUUUUUUGAUGUAGAGAAAAUUAGAUUCAAUUGAGAGCAAGCAAGCAAUCUCACAAAAUUUAACUGUGGUAAGAAAAGUCAAAAUGUCUAUGAAGAUUUGUUGACUUUUUAAAAAGAGUUCUUGCUUUGCGUUAACGUCUUACAAAUCACACAGAAUGAUUUCUAUUGCAACACACUUUUUCAUCA